AUGUCCAAGCUACGAGGACAGGGGUAUGAUGGCGCUAGUAAUAUGAGAGGUGAGCUCAAUGGUCUUAAAACACAGAUUUUGAGAGAAUAUCCUCAAGCAUAUUAUGUCCAUUGUUUUGCAUAUCAACUACAACUAGCUCUUGUAGCUAUUGCAAAGGGAAAUGAAAACAUUGCUACUUUCUUCACAAUGGCUAGUAGUGUCGUUAAUAUUAUUAGAGCAUCGUGUAAGCGUCGUGAUGCACUUAGAGAGCAACAACAAAAAGAUAUUAUGAAAGCUCUUGAAAUUGAUGAUCUUGAAACGGGGCGAGGGUUAAAUCAAGAGACUACUCUCAAACGUCCUUGUGAUACACGAAUCACAAAUAAUUUGUCGAAGGCAUUACAAAAGAAAGAUCAAGAUAUUGUGAAUGCGAUGAUGUUUGUCCAAAGAUGUAAGCAAAAGCUACAAUCCGUGAGGGAUGAUGACUUUGAUGAUUUGCUUUUUGGCCAAGUAUCAAUGUUUUGUGGCAAAAAUGAUAUUGACAUUCCUAACAUGGAUGAUUUAUUUGUACAACAAGGGAGAUCAAGACGUAAAGCUCAGAAUAUCACGAACCGCCAUUAUUAUCGUGUGGACCUAUUUCUUACUAUCAUUGAUAAGCAACUAGUGGAAUUGAAUAAUCGCUUCACUAAGAGCAGCACAGAGUUUUCAUCAUUGAACAGAAAUACUGAUUUUGGCAGAAAAAUUAAUGAAUACAGGAAGCAAUAG